GGGGGAAAAAAUACAAAUAUUUGCAAGACCAAGUGCAAGUGGCAAGUGAGGUGAAACCUACCCACAGGUUAAAUAUUCCCGGGUGUAAUCAGGUGAAUACAGAGAGAGGCGGGCAGAAUGGGCUUGAACAAGCGCGAUAAGCAGGCGAAGCUGAACAGUCAGAGUCUGAUCGACGCGGAACGAUCGCAUCUGACGACGUCGUCGACGACGACGGUUACAUCGGUUGACCAUGGUUCGAUCGCGCUCCCACUGGAAUCGCUGGCCGUAAGUUCGACGACGACCACGGGCGGAACCAGCCGGGACUCGAACUCGAAGCAACAGUCGAGCUCGGAGACGGUUCGUAAGUCGUCCACCGCCAGCCGGGCCAGUGCCAGUGAGGAACGCUCGUCGUCGUCGUCGACGUCGGUCCAGGAGCAGAAGUUCAGUACGGUGAGCAGUGUGCGCAGUGCGGCCAGCAAGUCGAAACAGAUCGAUAACAUCAUCGAGGAGAUCCGACACAUCGCGAGCGAUACGAUCGACGCGACGGAGAUGAUCGGCACGACGGUGGGGGGAUCGGGCAAAGUGUCACAGCGAACGGUACUGGUGUCCAGUGGGGGUGGUAGCACGAAGGAAUCCUUCGCCCGGGAAACCGCUGCUGCCUCGAGCGAUCAAAAUAGUCAGCAGCAGGAAGUGAUAACGACCAUCGGGCCGAGCAAGAUCGAGAUCAGCAAGAUGGCUCUCGACGCGAACGUGCACAACAACAGCAACGUGAUCAGCAGCAAUAAAGUCGUGCAGAGCAGUGCCAUAACGAAAAUGGAACAACAGUCACAGUCGUCCCACAGCAGUGCCACGAGCAGCAGUGAGAAGGUUGUGUCCGAAUCCAGUGCAAUCUCCAGCUCGCAGAUGCACGAUCACUCGUCGCAGUCGUCGAGCAACGUUGUGCAAUCGUCGAGCAAAAGCGAGCAAUCGUCGAGCCAAUCGUCGAAGGCGACCAAAAUGUCCUCUUCCUCGACGUCCUCGUCGUCGACGUCGGCGAAGAACGCCCACAGCACACUGCAGGCGUCAUCGUCGGAAGCAUUCCAUUCCACCGGAGGUGGCACACAGUUCACACAGAUAGCGUCGGGGCUCGAUCGGCAGGAUGGUUCACUACGUGCCACCUCCGUGCUGCCGGAUCAUUCCACCUUCGAUCAGAAAACAUUCCAGCUGGUAGGGGACGGCGGUAAAACACGCCAGCACGUCGACAGCCAGCGGUACUCGAUGGCCCAGAGUCAGGCACCGACGACGAAGGUUAUGUACGAUGCGGCCGGCAACCAGAUUACGAGCACCUCCUCGUCGUACCAGGCGGCCCAAGGCUACAGUACCACCUCGUCAUCGUUCCAGAGCACCGGCGACGGUGCGGACAAGCUGGCAGCCCAGUCAUCGGACGUGUUGAGGGUGAAAAACUCCCAAGCGGGUACCACCGCCACCUCGACCAACACGUCGUCCACGCGACGUGCCGACCAGCAUGUGUCCACCAGCUCGUCCACCAACGUCAGCUCGUCAACGAGCGCCCUCAACACCACCAAGGAGACCGCCAUCAUCGAUUCGACGACGCUGGAAAACUACAACCGAGCGCUGGAAGCGGCCACCAGCACCACCGGACAACAUUCCAACCAUAUGCUCGCGAAAACGGAAUCGGCGCACACCGUCGCUAGCCUGUCGUCGGUGCACGAUUCGCUGGCCGGCACCAUCCAGAGCACGCAGCUGGUCACCGAGUCGGCGCAAAGCCAGGCCGACAGCAGCCAUCACGCGGCGUCGACGAAAACGUACGAAACCGCUUCGCACUACGCGCAGAUGGACGAGGAAAGCCGCUCCCGGCGCAAGACGUCCGAGUAUCGGGAGCAGCGCGAGUCCAACUCAGCUAUCGUGAAGCGAAAGACGUACGACGAGCACGGUCGCCGGUUGAACCUGAUCGACGAGAAGAUCGUCCCGAAGGACGUCGUGACGGGCGACCUGCAGGACGACGUACGGAACGUGACGAAAACGUCCUUCGAGGCGAAGCUGUUCAACCCGAAGCUGAAGCGCUGGGAGCUGGUCGACCAGAAGACCAUUCUGGAGCAGGACGUCACCACCGACAUUCCGGCGGAGAUCGUCAAGGAGCUGGAGGUGGAGCGGCCCGAGCUGGCCAACAUUACGACCACCAUUCAGCUCACCAAGGUGUACGAUGCAAAGACAAAGCAGUGGAAAACGAUCGACCAGAAGAAGCACAUCGAUGUGCUGGAGAAGAUCACCUUCCUCGAGGAAAGUUCCGGGCGCUCGGAGCUCGACGAAUCGGAGCGUAUUAAGAACCUCAAGUCGAUGGACAUGGUGGAUCGUGUGACGAUUAAGGAAGUGAACGAUCGGAGCGCGUCCACCAAACGCAAGGACGAACGGACCGCCCAGGAGCAGUGCAUCUGCGAAAUCUGUACUUGCGGUCGUCAUAACUGCUACAAUUGUGGAGGUGGCACUGCGACGUCUCAAACUAAAUCUUCUAAAUACACCACUAUGAGCAAUUCGGAGAAUUUUUACCAACAAGAAAAUUUCGCAUCUGAGCUCAACGAACAAUCAUCCACCGUUCGAAGGGGUACGUGGACCAAAGAAGAUGCGGAACAACACCAAAUCCGUAGGGAGUCGUACACUAUCGAGCAUAGCAGUACUGACCAAGAAGCGACGGCGCGCAGACUAACAUGGACGAAGGAAGAUUUUGAGAAAGCAGACAUCACAAAACUUAAAACUGACUAUGAGAGGCCCAAACCGAUCCGUCAUGAGGAUAAUCUGAAACCGGAAGGUGACUUCCAUGUGCCUGAUCGUGCAGGAUAUACACCGGUUGAGCGACCAAAGCCGAUACGACCUGAUGACAAUUUACGGCCGGAAGGCGCAUUCACAACUCCAGAGAAAAGCGAAUAUCGUCCCGCGGAACGACCGAAACAGAUCAGGCCACAGGAUAACCUCAAACCAGAAGGAGAAUUCGAACGCCCUGAAAAACCGACUGUUGGAAAAGCUGAACGUUCAAAGCCAGUUCGUCACGAUGACAAUUUGCGUCCGGAAGGAGACUUCGAACGUCCGGAAAAGUCCCCUUUCAGACCGGCCGAACGUCCGAAGCAGAUUAAACCUGAGGACAAUCUUCGUCCCGAAGGAGACUUCCAGAGUCCAGAUCGUCCAACAUAUCAACCAGCCGAGCGUCCGAAGCAGGUCCGUCCAGAGGAUAACUUACGUCCCGAAGGAGAGUUUUCUACUCCAGAAAAAACUCCAUUCAGAUCUGCCGAGCGUCCUAAGCAGAUAAGACCCGAGGAUAACCUUCGUCCGGAAGGAGACUUCGAGCGUCCCGAAAAAUCUCCCUUCAGACCAGCUGAACGUCCUAAGCAAGUGCGUCCAGAAGAUAACCUUCGUCCUGAAGGAGACUUCCAGGCCCCGGAUCGUCCUCAAUAUCAGCCUGGACAACGUCCUAAGCCAGUUCGUCACGAUGACAACCUGCGUCCUGAAGGAGAGUUCGAUCGCCCAGAAAAGUCCCCCUUCAAACCAGCCGAGCGUCCGAAGCAAGUACGCCCAGAGGAUAAUCUUCGUCCGGAAGGAGACUUCGAACGUCCCGAAAAAUCUCCAUUCAGACCAGCCGAGCGUCCGAAGCAAGUACGUCCGGAAGAUAACCUUCGUCCUGAAGGAGACUUCCAGACCCCGGAUCGUCCUCAAUAUCAGCCUGGAGAACGUCCUAAGCCAGUUCGUCACGAUGACAAUCUGCGUCCUGAAGGCGAGUUCGAUCGCCCAGAAAAGACUCCUUUCAGACCAGCCGAGCGUCCGAAGCAGGUUCGACCGGAGGACAAUCUUCGUCCGGAAGGCGAGUUCUCUACUCCAGAGAAGCCUCAGUAUAGACCAGCCGAGCGUCCCAAACAGGUUCGUCCUGAGGAUAACUUACGCCCCGAAGGAGAUUUCGAGAAACAAGAUAAGCCGCAAUACCGACCUGCAGAUCGUCCGAAGCAAGUACGACCUCAAGAUAAUUUGAAGCCAGAAGGAGAAUUCGAAAGACCUCAACCUACGAUUGUUGGAAAGGCUGAGCGAGCUCAAAUCAUUCGCCAUGAGGACAAUCUUUACAUGGAAGGUAACUUUGAACGAACGGAGAAAACGGUUUACAUAUCUGGAGAACGUUCGAAGCCUAUACGCCACGACGACAACCUGCGUCCUGAAGGAGACUUUGAUCGUCCAGAAAAGACUCCGUUUAGGCCAGCCGAGCGUCCGAAGCAGGUUCGACCGGAGGACAAUCUUCGUCCGGAAGGCGAUUUCUCUACUCCGGAGAAGCCUCAAUAUAGAUCGGCUGAGCGUCCGAAGCAGGUUCGUCCUGAGGAUAAUCUUCGUCCUGAAGGAGACUUCGAGCGUCCUGAGAAAUCUCCAUUCAGACCAGCCGAGCGUCCGAAGCAGGUGCGUCCGGAAGAUAACCUUCGUCCUGAAGGAGACUUCCAGACCCCGGAUCGUCCUCAAUAUCAGCCUGGAGAACGUCCUAAACCAGUUCGUCACGAUGACAAUCUGCGUCCUGAAGGAGACUUCGAUCGUCCAGAAAAGACUCCUUUCAGACCAGCCGAGCGUCCGAAGCAAGUUCGACCGGAGGACAAUCUUCGUCCGGAAGGCGAGUUCUCUACCCCGGAGAAACCUCAGUAUAGACCAGCUGAGCGUCCGAAGCAGGUUCGUCCUGAGGAUAACUUGCGCCCUGAAGGAGAUUUCGAGAAACAAGAUAAGCCGCAAUAUCGACCUGCAGAUCGUCCGAAGCAAGUACGACCUCAAGAUAAUUUGAAGCCAGAAGGAGAAUUCGAAAGACCUCAACCUACGGUUGUUGGAAAGGCUGAGCGAGCUCAAAUCAUUCGCCAUGAGGACAAUCUGUACAUGGAAGGUAACUUUGAACGAACGGAGAAAUCGGUUUACAUAUCUGGAGAACGUUCGAAGCCUAUACGCCACGACGACAACCUGCGUCCAGAAGGAGAAUUCGAUCGUCCAGAAAAGACUCCGUUUAGACCAGCCGAGCGUCCGAAGCAGGUGCGUCCGGAAGAUAACCUUCGCCCUGAAGGAGACUUCCAGGCCCCGGAUCGUCCUCAAUAUCAGCCUGGAGAACGUCCUAAGCCAGUUCGUCAUGAUGAUAAUCUUCGUCCUGAAGGAGACUUCGAUCGUCCAGAAAAGACUCCGUUUAGACCCGCCGAGCGUCCGAAACAGGUUCGACCGGAGGACAAUCUUCGUCCUGAAGGGGAGUUCUCUACUCCUGAGAAGCCUCAGUAUAGAUCUGCUGAGCGUCCGAAGCAGGUUCGUCCUGAGGAUAACUUACGCCCAGAAGGAGAUUUCGAGAAACAAGAUAAGCCGCAAUACCGACCUGCAGAUCGUCCGAAGCAAGUACGACCUCAAGACAAUCUGAAACCAGAAGGAGAAUUCGAAAGACCUCAACCUACGGUUGUUGGAAAGGCUGAGCGAGCUCAAAUCAUUCGCCAUGAGGACAAUCUUUACAUGGAAGGUAACUUUGAACGAACGGAGAAAACGGUUUACAUAUCUGGAGAACGUUCGAAGCCUAUACGCCACGACGACAACCUGCGUCCUGAAGGAGACUUCGAUCGUCCAGAAAAGACUCCGUUUAGGCCAGCCGAGCGUCCGAAGCAGGUUCGACCGGAGGACAAUCUUCGUCCGGAAGGCGAGUUCUCUACUCCUGAGAAGCCUCAAUAUAGAUCGGCUGAGCGUCCGAAGCAGGUACGCCCAGAGGAUAAUCUUCGUCCGGAAGGAGACUUCGAGCGUCCUGAGAAAUCUCCAUUCAGACCAGCCGAGCGUCCGAAGCAGGUGCGUCCAGAAGAUAACCUUCGUCCUGAAGGAGACUUCCAGGCCCCGGUUCGUCCUCAAUAUCAGCCUGGAGAACGUCCUAAGCCAGUUCGUCACGAUGACAAUCUGCGUCCUGAAGGCGAUUUCGAUCGCCCAGAAAAGACUCUUUUCAGACCAGCCGAGCGUCCGAAGCAGGUUCGUCCCGAAGACAAUCUUCGUCCUGAAGGCGAAUUUUCUACUCCAGAGAAGCCUCAGUAUAGGUAUGCUGAACGUCCGAAGCAGGUUCGUCCUGAGGAUAACCUUCGUCCCGAAGGAGACUUCGAGCGACCAGAGAAGUCUCCAUUCAGACCAGCUGAUCGUCCGAAGCAAGUACGUCCAGAGGAUAAUCUUCGUCCUGAAGGAGACUUCGAGAAACAAGAUAAGACGCAAUACCGACCUGCUGAGCGUCCGAAGCAAGUACGACCUCAAGAUAAUUUGAAGCCAGAAGGAGAAUUCGAAAGACCUCAACCUACGGUUGUUGGAAAAGCUGAGCGAGCUCAAAUCAUUCGCCAUGAGGACAAUCUUUACAUGGAAGGUAACUUUGAACGAACGGAGAAAACGGUUUACAUAUCUGGAGAACGUUCGAAGCCUAUACGCCACGACGACAACCUACGUCCUGAAGGAGACUUCGAUCGUCCAGAGAAGACUCCGUUUAGACCCGCCGAGCGUCCGAAGCAGGUUCGACCGGAGGACAAUCUUCGACCUGAAGGGGAGUUCUCUACUCCUGAGAAGCCUCAGUAUAGAUCGGCUGAGCGUCCGAAGCAGGUACGACCUGAGGAUAAUCUUCGUCCGGAAGGAGACUUCGAGCGUCCUGAAAAAUCUCCAUUCAGACCAGCCGAGCGUCCGAAGCAGGUUCGACCAGAGGAUAACCUGCGUCCUGAAGGCGAAUUCUCAACGCCUGAGAAGCCUCAGUAUAGACCGGCUGAGCGUCCGAAGCAAGUACGUCCUGAGGAUAAUCUUCGCCCGGAAGGAGACUUCGAGCGUCCAGAGAAAUCUCCAUUCAGACCAGCCGAGCGUCCAAAGCAAGUACGUCCGGAAGAUAACCUUCGCCCUGAAGGAGACUUCCAGAGCCCCGAUCAGUUCGAUCGCCCUGAAAAGACUCCGUUUAGACCAGCUGAGCGACCCAAGCAGGUUCGUCCCGAAGACAAUCUUCGUCCGGAAGGGGAGUUCUCUACGCCCGAGAAGCCUCAGUACAGAUCUUCGGAACGUCCUAAGCAAGUACGUCCUGAGGAUAAUCUUCGUCCGGAAGGAGAUUUUGAACGUCCUGAGAAAUCUCCAUUCAGACCAGCCGAGCGUCCGAAGCAAGUGCGUCCGGAAGAUAACCUUCGCCCUGAAGGAGACUUCCAGAGCCCCGAUCGUCCUAAAUAUCAGCCAGGAGAACGUCCUAAGCCAGUUCGUCACGAUGACAAUCUGCGUCCUGAAGGAGAGUUCGAUCGCCCUGAAAAGACUCCGUUUAGACCAGCUGAGCGACCCAAGCAGGUGCGUCCGGAAGAUAACCUUCGUCCGGAAGGAGAGUUCUCUACUCCUGAGAAGCCUCAGUAUAGACCAGCAGAGCGACCCAAGCAGGUGCGUCCGGAAGAUAACCUUCGUCCGGAAGGAGAGUUCUCUACUCCUGAGAAGCCUCAAUAUAAAUCUGCUGAGCGACCGAAACAGGUUCGCCCUGAGGAUAAUCUUCGUCCGGAAGGAGACUUUGAGCGACCUGAAAAAUCUCCAUUCAGACCAGCCGAACGUCCGAAGCAGGUACGUCCGGAAGAUAACUUGCGUCCUGAAGGAGACUUCCAGAGUCCAGAUCGUCCUAAAUAUCAGCCUGGAGAACGUCCUAAGCCAGUUCGUCACGAUGACAAUCUGCGUCCUGAAGGAGAGUUCGAGCGUCCAGAGAAGUCUCCCUUCAGACCAGCUGAGCGACCCAAGCAGGUGCGUCCGGAAGAUAACCUUCGUCCGGAAGGAGACUUUGAGAAGCAAGAUAAACCGCAAUUCCGACCUGCAGAGCGUCCGAAGCAAGUACGACCUCAAGACAAUCUGAAACCAGAAGGAGACUUCGAUCGUCCCAAACCAACGACGGUUGGUAAAGCGGAGCGGGCGCAGAUUGUCAAGCAUGAAGAUAACUUGCGCGUGGAGGGAACAUUUGAAAGGGUGGAGAAAACCGUAUUCGUAUCUGGCGAGCGUCCGAAACCGAUCAAACCGGAUGAUAACCUCCGCCCGGAGGGUGAUUUUACGACACCAGAGAAGCAACAGUAUCGUCCGGCAGAUAGGCCUAAACAAAUCAAACCACAGGACAACCUUCGCCCAGAGGGCGACUUCGAGAGGCCACAGAAAUCCACCGUCGGACCAGGUGAACGACCGAAGCCGAUCAAACACGAUGACAACCUGCGCCCGGAGGGAGCGUUCGAACGGCCUGAAAAGGCAACAUUCAAACCAGCGGAGCGUCCGAAGCAAAUCCGCCCCGAGGAUAACUUGCGCACCGAGGGAGACUUUGAGAAGCCCGAGAAGCCUCAGUUCCGCCCGGCGGAGCGCCCCAAGCAGGUGAAACCGCAAGACAAUCUGCACAUCGAAGGCACCUAUAACUCGUUCAAGGAGUACAACGAGCUAAAGCAACAAAAGGAAGCCGUACUGAAGGAGGUACACGAGCCGGGCAUCGCCGAUGGUGCAGUGCUCGUCACGACCCAGACCGUCACCACAAUCCUCAAGGGAGACAAAAAGACCCCAACAGGGAAACAGAUGACCACCACCGAGGUGCACGAUCAUCAUACAGCCCGUUCGGAGUCGGAGUCCGUUAAACACACCAGCCACAGUGAAUCCCACCAGCAAAGCCAUCGUAGCAGUGAGCAGGUCGCUUCCAGUUCUACCGCCGUCAACCGAGCGCACCGCACUGAAGCCAGUACCAACGAUACCAGCGAUCGCCGCACCACACAGCAACGAUCCACCACGAGCCACACGCAAUUGAUUCAAGACGUUUCGGACCGAAAUAUUAACGAAUCGAACAUCCACGAUAGCCACCAGCGCACGAUGGUUAAUGGAAAAACGGUGGCCAACGGAGUGUCUUCCCAGCAGGUCACCAGUCACAGUGUCAAGUCAUCAUCGUCCAGCUCCAAAAUACACCAGUCAAGCAGCUCUUCGAUUCAGCAGCAGCAGCAGCAAUCCACCAUGAGCAGCAUCUCUUCUCAGAGCGCCUCACAUCAGCUGCACCAUGGAGAAGAUCACCACAUCCGAGCAAAUGGCACGAACAUCAUGCAACCGCAUGGUGGACCUGGUUCUGACUCAAUACAGCAACAUUCCCGCGAGCAAGUAACGGGCUCGCACGUGUCCUCGUCGAGCGCCCGAGUGGUCGUCGAUGGAAAGGUGGUUACCGACAAGUCGGCCUCUUCGAAGCACGCAACAGAGAAACUGGCCGUCGAUGGGGUAGUGGUUACGGACAAGAGCUUCACCGAGCGACAGCAGGCCGGUUUCGAUGGCAUGGAGAGCAUUCAAGGCUCGCAGACCACAAGGGGACACAGUGUCCAGGGAACGAACAAUAUCAUACACGGCACGACAAACGCCUCUUCCACCACCGGCAGUCAGUCGACGAAGAAAUCUCAAAGCCAGUCCCGAUCGACAAACAACAUUACUCAUACCGAGAGCGUAAAUGGACACUCGGUGCAACGGAACGGAACCAGUGGCUCCUCGGCCCAUGUGGCUUCCUCUUCCGGUCAACAGGUGACGGAAACGCAGGUGAAGAAGUUGAUCGGUGGAAAAUGGGUCACAAGAACCAUCAAAACGGAAGGCAAGUCGUCCACUAGUCAGCAGCACGGACUAGAGCAGGGAAGUGUUGCGCAGAACCGCUCUCUGGUAGGCGAGACCGGUGGAGCUAUGGUUACGAAUCAGCAGCAACAUCACAGCACGGUCUCUGCCUCGGAGAUGCACGCUACUUCGUCCAGCUCCUCAUCGGUUAGCAAGUCUCAAUCGAGCAGCACGAUUGUCAGCGAGAAGAUGGUCCAACGAGGAGUUCGCACAACCGAUGCGACCACCCCGUCCGCCGGAUCACCUUCCGCGCGGCCUGGGGCUCGUGGAAGCUCCAGCAUCGUGCUGGGUGAGUCCACCGUCGACGGUGCGUCCUCGAAGCGGCAACAACAGUCUUCGACCACUACUCGGCUGAUUGGUGGAAAAAUCGUACACGUUGCCAACGAUGGCAACAACAAUAUGUCGGCGGCGGCCGGAAAAUCAUCCACGAUCGGGACGGCUAGCACUACCGCACAUUCCACGGUGGAUCGCUCGUCAAGCAAGCUGUCCACCGCCACCUCGAACGUGGUGCAAUCAAGCAGCCAUCUGGCAUCGACGGCUUCCUCGAUCGGACAGCAACAGUCUUCUUCGCACAAUCGGAAGAACACGUUCGCUUCCUCGGAGAACGUCAACAACUCGAUCCUUUGCCGCCCGGCGCAAACGUCCACCACCUCCGGCUCGACCGUGCACGGUGCCAACGGUGCCAUCGGUGGCAUGAGCGUGUCGGCGACCGCCCAGCGCAAGAGCAUCUCCAACCUGAACGACAACGCCAUCUACUCCACGACGAACCGCACCAGCUACAGCUCGCUCCAUCGGCGCGAGAAGGAAUCGGCCGAGGCACGGAUGCAGAACUACGUGAAGACGCUCGAGACGGGCACCAUCACGAAUCGCACGGUGCGCGGACAGCCCUGCCCACCGCCGUCGUUGGCCGGCACGGGACUCGCCAGUGGCGGUGGGGGUCGCGUAUCCUCGCUCAACACCUCCACCACAAGCUCGUCGGCGUCGGCAAAUCAGAAGCAAAUCCGGGACUACCACUCGGCCAUGAACGUGACGCGCAGCUCGACCAAGGCCAACGCGUCCAGCAUCUCGUUCGGUGACGACAAGUUCCACGGUUCCAGCUCGUACAAGGUGCAGUACAUCCAGCAGCACGAGGGACGCUGCCCGGCGGCUGCCCACGACAAUCUUAAGCUGUCCAAGGUCACCAAACAGCACACGUACUACGUGCGGGAUCAGAAGUAAACCCGGAGGCCGGA